GGACAGUGAAUAGACUCACUAAGAUCUAGCCAAAAUGAAUGAGAUGCUUUAACAAUAAGGGUACAUAUUCAAUUUAAGGAUUUCUUAUUCAUUACACGUUUUGCGCCAUAGAUAUGGAUAUUUUUUUCAGAAGAAAGGGGGCAUUGAAAACUCUCCUCAGCUUGUCUCUAGUUUUUGCGUCUUUAUUGAUGAUCCAAAAGUUCAAGCUUGUGGAUAACAGCAUCAAGGAUGAUAUGGAGGUUAAACGCCAGGAAGAAGCCGGUUGGUGUGGACCUGAGUGUGAUUUCUACAAAGGAAAAGGCCUAUUGAAAAGCAGUUUGGGAAACUACUCGCCUGUUCUUGGUGAUGAUUUGGAUGCGCCACGGGUGAAGGUGUCCAACGCUACUCUAGCUACUUGGGAUGUACACGUUAUGAACUGCAGUGAAGAUUCAGCCGUGAGGAAAAAUGAUUGGUUUCGACGUUUGGAUCCGAGGUUCCACCAAUUUGUGCUACACAGACAUUGUCGGUAUUUCCCAAUGUUAAUAAAUCACCCGGAUAAAUGCAGGAAUGGAGACGUACACUUGCUCAUGGUUGUAAAAUCCGUUAUAGAGCAGCAUGAUAGGCGAGAGGCCGUGCGUAAUACCUGGGGUAGGGAACAGGAAAUUCAUGGUAAGAGAAUAAAAACGCUGUUUCUUCUAGGAAGCCCUACAAAUGGUAAAGACACGAAAAACCUUCAAAAGUUGAUUGAGUAUGAGGACAUUAUAUAUGGAGACAUUCUUCAAUGGGAUUUUAUGGACACAUUUUUCAACCUCACCUUGAAAGAGGUCAAUUUUCUGAAAUGGUUUGAUAUUCACUGCUCCAGUGCCAAGUUUAUAUUCAAAGGGGAUGACGACGUUUUCGUGAAUACAAAGAACUUACUGGAACUUAUUGGUUUCAAGACUGAGGACCGCAAAGUGCUGAACUUAUUUGUUGGGGACACCAUAUCCAAAGCCAUCCCCAUCAGAAACCAUCAAAGUAAAUACUACAUCCCCAAAGAGCUGUUUGACAAACCGUACCCACCUUAUGUUGGUGGUGGUGGGUUUUUAAUGUCCUCACAAUUAGCUCAUAGACUGUUUGUGGUUUCAGAGGACUUGGAGCUCUAUCCCAUUGAUGAUGUGUUUUUGGGAAUGUGCCUCCAGAAGCUACACUUGACUCCAGAGAUGCACAUAGGUUUCAGGACCUUUGGCAUCAUGAAACGCAGAGUGAGUCCAAUGAACAGAGAACCUUGCUUUUUCAAAAAACUCAUCGUAGUCCAUAAAUUGAGUCCUCAGGAGCUAUUCAGGAUGUGGAGUGUAGUGGAAAAUAAAGAGCUGGUUUGUGCCAAAAACACUGCACCAUGAUUGUCAAGCUAAAGCUCAGUGUGACAAAAGUUAUGCAACAAAUAUUAUUAAAUUGUUCAUUGUAAUAUGUGUAUGUAGGCCUAGUAGGACACACUGAUAAACUAAAAUAUCCAACACUAAAAUAUCCAACUAACAAAGACAAUGUGAAAAGAAUGACAUUCUUUCAUUCUCACUGACCUGUUUAAUGUUUCACUUCUGUAAUGUUUAUUGUAAUGUCAAUAGGUAGGAAAACCAAAUUAGUAAGUGUACUUGACUUAUGUCUAUACAAAAUUAACCACUUUUUCAGCAAACUGUAAAUAUAUGGCAGCAUUGAACACUGAAAAGCCUUUUUCAUGCCAGUUUAGUGCCUUUGAUUUUUGAGAUUAUGGAUGUUUUAGUAACUAAGAAGGUUACAUGAAAAUAUAAUUUGGUAAAUGUUUGCCAUAGAUUCUAGAACAAAUAUUUAAUGACAUUUUAAGAGUCACAACUAGUUUUUGUGUUGAUGUUUGUAACGGAUUCAUUAAAUAUGUA